AUUUAUAUACAUAAAAAAAAACAAAUCAAUUAUUUGUAAUAAAAAUAAUAGCUAUAAUUAAAUUAUUUUAUUAUAAUUAAUAUUACAAAAUUUUUUUAUAAAUUUUUUUUCUCAAAUAUUUCAACAACAAUGGAAAUUGAUGAUCACUAUAAAUUUAUAAUUGGCGAUGAUGUUGAAGAAUCAAUUACAAAAAACAAACCAAUUGACAAAUUAAAGAAAUACAUCAUAUUUUUUGAUAAGGUCGAACAAAAAUUUCAACACCAACCAGAAGUUUAUAGAAAAGUUAUUAAUACUAUAAAAGAAUGUAAAGAUAAAAAGAACCUUUCCAAAGUUUACUCUCAAAUCCUCAAACUAAUUCAAAAUGAGCCAGAACUUAUUAAUGAAUUCAACGGUCUAUUUCCAGAAAAAUUUUUGAAUGAAUAUAAAAAUAUAAUGGAAAAUGAAAGAUAUAAACAAUUUGAUAAAGAAUUAGACGCACUCAUUUGUUCACAAUAAAAUAAUAAAUAACAAAAAAUAAAUAAAAUAAAAACUGUAAAUUAAAAAUAAACCCCUAAAAUUUUGAUCAUCAUUUCAAGAUUUAUUAUUU